AUGGCUGGGAAGCGCAAGUUUCGUGACGCCUGGAGAAACGAAAAUUUCCAGUCUUGGCUAAAACCAGUUGAAGGAAACCCAGAAAGGGUUUCUUGCAGACUCUGCCACAAGGAACUAAAGCUGAAUUUGACGAGUAUCAAAAGAUAUAAUACAAGUAAAAUCCAUCUACAAAAUGAACGUGCAAUUGAUCUUGUACAGUUAGAGCUUGAAGAAAACCAAAACGACAGCAGCACUCCCAAUGAGGUGAAUACUGCAACCUUUCUACUCGCAUGUUUCAUAGCAGAAAAUUAUUUGCCAUUCACUACUGCCGACAAGUUGGUCGAUUUGAUGAAUGGGAUGUUCCCCGACUCUGCUAUAGCUCAGGGUUUAUUCAUGAAGCGUGCAAAGUGUACAGACGUGAUUAGAACCAUGGGGAAAACUGUAACAAACAGCCUGGUAAAAAAAUUGAGGACCAACAAAUUUUCAGUCAUCAUGGAUGAAUCAACUGAUGUAAGCACAACAAAGUCCUGCGCUGUAAUUGUAAGGUUUUAUGAUUCCCAUGAGCAGAAAAUUACCACAGCUAUGCUGGACCUUGUUAAUGUAUACGACUCAAAUAAUGUUCAAGGUUUUCCUGGAGAAAAUUUAUGUACUCUCUUAAUUGAUAUGUUGACAAAGUAUGAUAUUCCUCUCGGUAAUUUCAUAGGAUUUGUAGCUGAUGGUACAUCUAACAUCAUGGGGGAAUAUAAUUCCCUGUGUAGUAGACUCAAGAUCUUAUCGCCUGUACUAACUGUAUUCAACUGUAUAUGCCAUUCUAUUGAUUUAUGUGUUUCAGAGGCUGCAAAACCUCUUCCUCGUCACUGUGAAGAUUUGCUUCGCAGGCAGUAUAUAUACAUGUUUUUGCACAUAGUUCAAAAAGGCAGCAUGCCUUAA